AUGAACAACAAGAGUCCUUUCCCACCGCUGUUCAGCUUGAUCCACGAGUACGACCAAACGAAUUACCUCUUAACGUACCUCAUCCACAUCCAACGAGCCGACGGCGAUUUUGGCGCUGUGGAUCUCCUAAAGCCGUCCGCCGCCUUGUCAUACUUCCGAAAGCUCUGCUCUUCAUUCACGGACGUUUCCCAAGACGUCAUCGACAACUUCUUCCAGGACUCGAUGCGUCUCGUUCGGUCUCAAGGGGAGCCUGCUGUCAAGGCGCACACAGUGCCGAGGGAGGUGUCGGAGAAGGUGUAUGAGAUUUUAAUGAAGAGCAAGGGACGGACGAUAGGUCGACAACAGCUGUUGGGACAUUGGGUAAGACGACUUCUGCGAACGUUUAUGGGAGAGGGACGACUUACGUUUUUGAGGGUGGAUGAUAUGGCACCCACGGGAAAGUCAGCCACCGUGGAGGGUUAUAAAGCCGAAAGAAGUGGAUCAGUUGCAGGCCAAUCGACUCCAUCAUCAUCCCCACCAUCGAUGUCCCCCUCGACUUCCCCGCCCUCACGUACACAUUCCCGACAACCAUCUGGAGGGACUGGGGCCAUCGCGAGCUCUUCUUCCCGCCGUGCACACGCACCUUCCGUCUCAGCUCCACCGCCAGACCCAUCCUCGUUCUCAACAACACAACCAGGACCAGAUACCCAUGGCAUGACGCCCUCCAUCAUCUCCCACUCACCUUCAGCGACAACAACAAAAUCACGACCUAUGGAAAAAGAAGUGUCAGCCUCCGCGCGGGAUCUUUGUCUCGGCUUGACGAUGACACCUACACCACUAGUAACGCCCACAACGCGGCCGGCUACGCGUUCUCGGGCACAGAAUAUUUCGCCUGAGCACGAACCUUCGCAUCACCGUGAUUUUUUUACUGCGAGUAGACGGUGUUCGAAGUGUCGUGAGGUUGUGAAGAGUCCUCGAUCUUCUUCAACUGAACCCUUCGCCCCCGCCUCCUCCUGUGCAUCCUGCUACACAAAUCACUGCAGGGGCUGCUUCAAACCCACGCGGUUUCCACCCACCUGCUCUGGUGGCUCAUCAUGCCCAAUUCGGACCUGCUGCUCUGCCAUCUGCGCCAUUGCCUUAUUCGAAGUGCUGUGCAGCUUCGAUAAGGAAUACGCGGGGUUCGUUGCGAAUUUGACAACGAGGGAGUUUAUCAAUGUUGUGAUUGCGCGUACGGAUAAGAGGACGAGGGCUUUCGAGGGGAUGUUGGUGGGUACCUUGAGGAACGUAUCGAGUUGGCUUGUUCAAGCUGCUUCCCUCUCCUCGUCCUCUGAAUCCGAUUCGUCCUCUGGAUCGGGGAUACAUCCCUCCAUACCACGACUAUUCACGGUCUCCCACCUCCCCGGAGUGAUGUACGCUUUCCUAUCCCACACACUUGGCGCAGAGCGCGAUUGGGUGGUACAUAGCGAGGUAUACGUCGCGCUGAUGGACGUGAUCAAGAACCUCUCUUCGAGUUCGAAUGGUGGGGUUUCUGGGGUGGUGAAAGAAGGAAGGAGUUUGGGAGAUGCGGUGAAGAGGUUGGAGAGGCAUCGGCAGGGAUUGGAGAGGUAUGGGAAUAAGUUCAAGUUUGCGGCUAUGGCGGAGAAGAUUGAGACGCUUUGUGAGAUGGGCGUCACGGUGUUGUUUGCUAUUGACGUUGCUAGAUUCUUCGUUCUUGCUGCUUUCUUUCUUCCAUCCUUCUUUCGUUUUUUGAUCAUCAUUCACUCGAUUGACUCACCCCUCGCAUGUUUCUUUAGACGCCAACGAAAACGAAAACCCAUACAUAUCCCCUGGAGGCCGAUUCAAGAGCCAGCGCUAGUAAUCCCUCGAUCGCAUCGUGCAUCCUGUCGACAUGCCAUGUCACCCGUUUACAACUGCUUCGAGCUAGUCUCGGCGCUUUUCCAUGAUCUGGAGCUACAUCCAUCAUCCACGUCCGUUUUCUCCAUGCCAGACGAUCAUACACCCUCUGCUAAAGGCGAGAAAUCGACUGCGGGUCUUGUCGCUACCUCGGACACAGAAAUCAAACUAUGUCAGCAUAAAAUCGGUGGUAGAAACCUCAUCGUUUGCAUCGACGGUACCGCAAAUCAGUUCGGAGAGAAGAACACAAAUGUUAUAGAAUUGUAUAACCGCAUCUUAAAGGAGGUCGAGGACAACCAGAAAACCUGGUACAACAGUGGUAUCGGGACGUACGCCCGGCCCUCUUGGAAAUCGUUCAAAUUCUACCGACAGGUCCUUUCUCAUAAGGUCGAUCUGGCGAUUGCAUGGAAUUUUGAACGAACAGUAUUGGGUGCAUAUCGCUGGUUGUCAGACAACUAUGAGCGUGGGGACUGUAUAUUUCUUUUCGACCCGAAAAGUGAUGAGGUAUCAAGUUCAGUAACUCGAGUUGGAUCGCCGCAGGCGAAGCAAGAGACCUCCAGCGCCGAGCGUUUCAAGCGGGCCUUCUCAUACAAAGACGUACGAGUGCAUUUCGUUGGUGCCUGGGAUACUGUCUCGUCCAUCGGGUUUGCACGCGGAAAGAAGAUGCUCCCUCGGACAGUCGACGGGAUGAAACACGUCUGCUUCUUCCGCCAUGCAUUGGCGCUCGACGAGCGACGGGUCAAGUUCUUGCCCGAGUACGCUUACGGAGGUUCAGCCACUUGUGCAAACCCAGACAACGAGAAUCCUUCGGGUGCUAACCCUGGAUCUUCGGAAAAGGGCAAUAAACCAUCCACAAUAACUGAGGGGGAAAAUACCAAAGAUAUAUCCUCAAGUGAUGAUGUUGACCGCUCACAGGGUAUCAAGCUGACGGUAAAGCAUCCGCAAACCCUGGAAGUCUGGUUUGCGGGCACGCACUCGGAUAUAGGAGGCGGAAAUGUGAAGAACGCCGAGAUGGAUCGUAGUAGACCUCCUCUGAGGUGGAUGGUGUUGCAAGCGGGGGCGCUGGGUCUUCGCACAGAACCAUUCGAGCGUGAGCUGUCCCCUCACGAGCAGAUCAAUGUCAUCGAAUCUUUGACGUGGGUCUGGUGGCCGCUUGAGCUUUGUUUCUUCGACAGAUUGACAUACACGAGGCGUGCCAAUGGAAAAAAGAUGACUCACAAGUAA